AUGGCGGCGCGAGACGUACAGAAAGAAGUUCUCAGACCAGGAAAUGGUCCUUGUCCCUCAAAAGGAUCUACGAUAACGGUUCACUGCACUGGAUCUUUAAAUACCAAUCCACCCAAAAAGUUUUGGAGGUAUUGAUUUUGCUAUGAAUGCAUUAGCAUCGCACGCCUGAUUUCGCGUGCAUGCAUGUCAUGCAUGUGAAAGUAUUUUUUUCUUUUUCUCGCCUUGUUAUCCAUACGAAACAAUGUAGCCAUUAGAAUCGUCUUGGGAAACAUCAGGUCUCGGGAAAACAAAACUAACUGGUUUCCCGAGGGACUUGACGUUAAGUGUUUUGUUAAAUUUCUAGACUUUCACUUCAACAGCAACAAAAGAAUAACCAGAGCGAACCAAAACAGUCGACUCGGUACUUAUAACAACACAAAUUUAAUUCCUAAAACUACUGAAUGAAUGAUUUACGAAGUACUUUCCUUAUAUUGUCUGCAUCUUUUUGCUCUACUAGCUGCUAUUUCUCUUCUGGGAUGACUUUAAAAAUCGUUGCUUUUUAGCUUGAGGCUUCGUGUUUGUGUUCAAGUUGUUGUGUUCAUUCACGAGAAACAAAACUGGCAGUGUUUUGCCCUCCUUCUGUCACUCCACCAUGCUUUGAUCAUGUGCUUUAAUGUAGCCUGAGCGGGGUACAUUGCUUAAUGUAUCGCAAUAGGGAUACAUUUGAUUUUAGUCAAGGCCACAUGACCAAGAAUCAACCAAUGGCAGUCCCUGUUUAGUUGAGUGGAAGUCUAGGAACAUAACAACACAAAAUAUUUGAAAUUUUAUGAUCGGAAAGUCAAGUCUACAAAAAGUAACAGCUUUGGCAAUUAUUUGGGAGAUAUCAGACUCUAAUCUGGAGACCGGGAGAUAUGGUCCAAAAUCUGGAGUCUCCCCGAUUAUCUGGGAGAGUAGACAGCACUGUUCUACCAGGGGCUGGUAGCUGUCGGAGGAGUACUUAAUCACUGUCACAUGGGCUGCUUUUGAUAGAGCUGGGACCAAGGAGCUGUAGCCCCCCGUUCUGUCUAAAACUGUGUUUAAAAUGCCUAUUGUAAUUUGUGAAGUACAGAUUUUCAUUUGCAAAUUAGAUAUUUUACAAAGUACAGAUAUUUUUCAUUUCAUUUUGUUUCCUUUUGUUUUGCAAAUUACAGUAAGCCUUUUAGCCUAUGUGUAGCCGCUCCCUCCCCCUGAUAAAGGAAAAAUGGAGAGGGUGUGGCUACAUGUAGGCUAUAAGCCUUUAAAUUUCUAUACCGAUCUCUCAUAUGAAUUCUCAGGAAAACCGGUGUUCUAGAGCCUUUCAAAGCUGGCUAGUCUCCUGGCCCCCCUCUGUAACUGUAUUAUUCCACUUUAUACUGAUCCUCAUCACUCUUUUUGUUUCACUGAGCAAUGGGUUCACACUUGAUCCUUUUGAUUUGCGCCAUCUGACGUGAAGCUGAUGCUUUGUUUGGACGAUUGAAAUCAGAAAUAGAUUCUGAGAGGAGUCUCUAAAGCUGACUUUAAAUAUCUUGUUGCUAUCUGAUAUGGUCUGAUCUUUGUUUGUUUGUUUGUUUGUUUGUUUGUUUUUUCACUCAUUCAUGACUUUGCAGUGUUAGAAAAAUGUAAUGUUUCCCAUUACUCUGUUAACACGGAAGGCUGACCAUAGGAUGAAACAAAUAACUCAGUAGUAAUUACCUUUUUGGAACUUAAUUUAACUGGUACUUAAUUCAUGAUUUCAGCAAGGGGGUUCUGUUUUUGUAAUUUCGAUAUGCAAAUACCAAAAAGGACAUUAAAUUUCAUGAUUACAUUCCCAACUUCGUAUUAGUUUCCCAAAAAGUGUGAACUUUUCAGUUUUUAUAGUUUUAAGGUAAACUGAAAGUUUUCUCAAAUUAUUGUAUGCUAUACAGGAGAUAGUAAAUGGAACUUACCAGUAAAACCUGUUAAUAAAAAAAAUAUUAGUGUAGUUGUCAACACAUAUCCUUUACCAGAUGUGUUGUUGUUAUUACAUAUUAAUUAUUUGAAUUUUCUACAGGGGUAUUAAAUUUUGUGAGUUUAAAUUUUGUGAGGAUUUAUGUUCGCGGGUCUAAAAUUACAUGAUUUUUUACUAUCAUGAAAAAGGCAAAAUUCUAGACCCAUGAAAUCAAGUACCAAUAUAAGGUACUUCAAACCUGAAAACUGCAACUUCUCAUGUGUAACAGUUAAACCCAGUUCAUGUCAAGUCAAUUCUAGCUAUCUCUAAUUACAUGUUCUUCCAGUACUAUUUCCACUAUUUCUUACUUUUCUUUACUGAUGUGUUUUUGUUCUAUUCUAUUUUAAGCACAAAAGAUCCAGGCCAAAAGCCGUUUUCCUUCCAAGUUGGUUUAGGAAAAGUGAUUAAAGGUUAGUGUUGCACACAAUGAGGAGAAAUUAGAUACAUUCAACUCUCUGAUAGUAAGCGACCACUUUGAAAAGAACCAUUUUGUUUCUCGGUCAAAUACUGUUUUAAAGACUCUCCUGUAAGUGACCACUACUUAAAAUUUCUCAUAAGAUCACAACCACUUCUUAAACCAGAAAUUUGACAUAUUCUGUUGUUUUCUGUUUCUCAUAAGCGACCACCUGGCAUGGUCAUGUAUGAUUGUAAGAAAACCAUUGCUCGAAUGUCACAAAAGUUCGGUUUUUAAAGGCAAUUAUAGCAGUUGACUUACAAAAAAGAUGACUGUAAUACAGCCUGUAGGGAGAAAGUUGGAUUGUCACGUUGAUGUAAAAUAUUAUGUACAAAAUUUCAACAGUUCCAAGCACUAUUCAACGUGAAUCAGUAUUGCCAGUUGUCUGUUUGCCUAAGUUUUAGCUUGUUAGGUAAUAACUUUAUGUGCUCACAUUAAUCAAUCUAGUUUGAGCAUUUUUUUUCUUGAUUUUUCCCGUAGACGACCAUCUCCCUUUAGCGACCACUUUCGUGUGCGCCAAGGGUGGUCUCUUUCGAGAAAGUUAACUGUACUAGUAUAGUCAACACUAGGACAUAGGGAGAUACUUACUGCUGCCAACAUAGCAUUCCAUCCCUGGUUCAGCUGCUAUAAUUCUCUCACCUAAUUUUGAAUUGAGGUGACUAGAUAGGGUGCCUGAUAGGUUUUUCAGUAUCCAAGACUGGAAUUAUGACAUUGGCCAAAAAUAAUUUUGGUCAGGAUGGCAGGAUUGAAGACUGGCCUCCCCACUGAGGACCCUGUUUGAACUAUGGGUAUCAGUUUAUCAAAUUGAAUUAAAUUAUAAAAUUAUUUUUCUUGUUCAGUGCUUUAUUUUUGUGUAUAUUUAUUUGUGAUUAGGUUGGGAUGAGGGCUGCUUGACAAUGCAAAAAGGAGAAGUAGCUAAACUGACCAUUCCAUCUGAAAAGGGUUAUGGAUCUAGUGGCUUCCCAGCAUGGAAAUAUCCUUUCAUAUCACAGUUUGUUUAG